AUGAUAGCACUAGUUGCUGCUAGUGAAGAAGCAGGAUGGCAAAGAAGUCUGCUAGCUAACAUUCCCUUAUGCGAAAGACCGAUACCAGUUGUGUUGAUUCAUUGCGAUAGUACCGCGACUAUUGCAAAAAUUGAGAACCGUUACUAUAACGAUCGUAGGGUGGACUUGGGUUUUGCGAUGGAGGAAGGAUUGGUGGAAGCUUGUGCUCAAUUGAGGUUAACGGAGGAGGAACAAUUUGCAGUUAACCUCGAAGAUGUGGUGGAUGAGGGGGUUGAAGAGAAGUCCGACCUAAGUGUUGUGGGAAGGUUGCUGACAAAUAAACCCUAUAGUUUAAACCAUAUGAAAAACGCCCUAGCUAGCGCUUGGCGGCUUGCGAAGGGUUUUAAUAUGCGAGAUGUAGGAGAUAAUCUCUUCAUAUGUGAGUUCUUUUCAAAGGUCGAUAGAGCGAAAAUUCUCAGGGAGGGACCGUGGCACUUUGACAAGCAAUUAAUUCUGCUUGAACCAGUUAAAGGUAAUAUGCAACCUAAUAACCUGUUAUUAACGGGCUGCCCAAUCUGGGUCCGAAUCUAUGAUUUACCUCUUAACUGUCGUGGGAAGGCAGCGGUAGAGAAAAUUGGAUCGAAAAUCGGUAAAGUAGAGGAGAGGGAUGAUGAUAGCGGAGGUGAUUGGAAUAGAUAUAGCAGGAUUCGUGUGGUGAUAGAUACUAAUAAACCCCUUAUGAGAGGUAUGACUGCUAUAAAUCCGUUAGGUGAGAAAGUUUGGAUUUCGUUCAAAUACGAGCGAGUCCAUAACUACUGUUAUUGGUGUGGUAUGCUUGACCAUGUAGAAGCUGAAUGCGAAGAUAAACCGGAGCAAACAGACUUCUCAGAAUGGCCAUAUGGCCCUAUUCUUCGUGCUACCCCCCGGAGGAGGAAAUUAAUGGGGAGCAGAAUGUACAUGGGAUCCGGAAGCAGGAGCUGGGAGAAUCAAUCGAAGUCCACAUCUUCUAAUGUAAAUUUGAGAAAUGUUGUGCGACGGAAUUUGUUUGGGGAGAAUGAUGGACAAGACGAGGUGGACGAAAUAAAUGACAGUGACGUGCAAAAGUUGCAUGAAACUGUAGCAGUUCAAGAAUCUCAUGCAGGUGUAGUGAUAGCUGAAGACACUAUUGAAGGAUUGGUGGAGGUUAAUGUGAGUAUGGGCCAAAUUGAUGAGUUGGUGAAGCAAACGAAUGGGGAGGUGCAUAUAAAAAAGUUGGCCAAGGGAAGCAGUAGUAAAAAGAAAAAGUGGAUUAGAAAUACUCCAAAAAGCAAGCGUGAGAUGGGGAAUGGUAGAGGUACAUCGUUGGUGAUUUCUUCCAAACGGAAUCGCUCAAUGAUUCAGGAGAAUGUAGAGCUGAAUAAUCUUUUCUCAAAAAGAGUUCGAGAUGGGUUAUCAGACAAGUUUGGAAAUAUCGAGAUAUCGGCGGAGACUGCGGAGCAGUCUCGCCGGACGCAAUGA